UAAAUAAAUACUUACAAAAAUAAUAAAAAAUAGAUUAUUUUCUAUUAUCUACAACCAAAAUAUUAGUAUAAAUUCAAAUUUAACACUCCGAUUAGAACAAAAAUGGUAGAUGUGUUUUAUGAAAAGUAUAAUUUCUUGAGAGUAGAUCCAGAUUUAGCUCAAUAAGUUGAGCAUGAAGAGUCAUACAUAAAAUUAAAUAAUGGUGGCAAGAAAGAAAGAAAUAUUUUUUUUAAUGUGUCUUAUGAUGACGAGGAGAGGAAUAAGAUUAAAGAGAUAGAAAAUAUGGCUUAACAAUAUUAAAUAAAUCAUAGAUUAUUUAGCUCUACAGGGCAAAUACUGAAAUACAUUUACGCUAAUUAGAUGGACCCUAAGUAAGCAUUCGAGAAUAUAAAGUAGCACAUCGAAUGGGUAGAAAACCCUUAAACAUUUAGUGAGAAUCCUUUAACUAUGAAGCAUUUAAGGGAUGGAUAUAUUUAUAUUGGAGGUACUGAUAAAAAAAUGAGACCUACUAUUAUAUUUAAUGUAGAUAAAAUAGAUUUAGAUAACACUACUGAGGAAUCUAUCCUCCCUGCUUAUAAUAGGAUUUUUAAAAUAGUUGAAGAAUACUAAUUUUACAAAUCUAAAAUAGAAACUUGGAAUGUUAUCAUUGAAACAAAUGAAAUUAGUGCAAUAAGUUUACCCAUUAAAAUUUUAUCGAAAAUUAUUUCUACUAUGUAAACCAAUUUUCCAUCAAACUUAAAUAGGAUUUUCAUUUUAAAUCCUUCUACAAGCUUGAACUUCACUUGGAAUGUAAUUGCUGCAUUUAUUAAUGAGAGAUCUCUCAAAAAGAUUUCAUUUCUCAAAAAAAAAGAGAUGAGCACUCUACUUUAAUACUAUGACGCUGAUUAACUAGAACAAAGAUUCGGAGGAACUGCUCCUAAUGUUACUUAAUAUUAUCCACCAUAGAAGUUUUAACCAAGCUAGUAGUACUAACAGAAAAAAAUGUAAAGAAAGUAAAGCAUGAGAGGAGGAUCUAGAAUAGAAAUAAAUGGAGGAAGUGGCGAAUAUCAAUACAGAUCAACACCAUAAGAAAGCUUGUACUAAAGCGUUCCAAAUUAAUAAGCUUUCAACUAUUAGUUAACACUAAAUAGUAAUUAAAGCUAACAAAAUCAAUAAUAAGAUCAGCUUGUUCUAAACCAAUAGAACUCUAAUUAAACUAACUAUAGUUCUAUACAAACUUAUCAGCAUAGAUAAUCUAAAUCAAUUUUUGCUGCAUAAGAUUAAAGGUUUUCUCAAUAAGGUACUUUGCCACCCCUUUAUUAAUCUUAGCCUAGAGCUUCAUAAUAAGUUUAAAAUACUGCUUAACCUUAAAUUUAAUAUAGAUAAUCGUAAUAUGCAUCAUAAGUUGUUACUCCAUAUUAAGAGAAUAUGAUUUAAUCUCGUUAAGUUGAUAUUAUUCAGGAUUAGUAAAGAUAAUCAAGAUCACUUACUAAAUCAGAUGCAAUUUAAUCUUAAAUGAGAUUCACUAAGCAAAAACCAGACAAUGUUAAUGUUAUAUAAGUCUAGCCACCAGGUUUUAGAGAUGAAAUUGCCAGUUCUACAACUCCUUAAUAGCAACCAUAAUCAUAAGCAAUUUCUAAAUAUAGCUUCAUAAACAGCAUUGUCUAAAAUGAGAGAAUCACUGAAAUAAAUAGAAAUUUCUUAGACAACAUGGAGUAAGAAGAAGAAUAAGAUGUUGUCAAAAGAAGUAAAAAAAAAUAAGUUGUUUAAGAUGUCCAAGACCCUAAAAUACCAGAUUACAUGGAUCAUUUAAGAGAACAAAAUUAUUAAGCUUGCUCUAUAUUCUGA